AUGUCUGACGCAGAAGAGGUGGAGUAUGAGGAGGAGCAGCAUGAAGAAGAGGAACAGGCUGAGCAGGCCGAGGAGGAGGAAGUGUCUGAGGAACCCCAGCCGGCCGCAGACCCAGAAGAGGAGCGUCCCAAACCCAGCAGGCCGGUGGUUCCCCAGCUGGCCCCCCCGAAGAUCCCCGAUGGGGAGAGAGUGGACUUUGAUGACAUUCACCGCAAGCGCAUGGAGAAGGACCUGCUGGAGCUGCAGACGCUCAUCGACGUGCACUUCGAGCAGAGGAAGAAGGAGGAGGAGGAGCUCAUCGGCUUGAUGGAGAGAAUUGAGCGCCGACGAGCGGAACGGAACGAGCAGGUGCGGUUCCGGACCGAGAAGGAGCGGGAACGCCAGGCCAAGCUAGCGGAAGAGAAGCUGCGCAAGGAGGAGGAAGAGGCCAAGAAACGGGCUGAAGACGACGCCAAGAAGAAGAAGGUUCUGUCCACCAUGCCGCAUUUCGGCGGCUAUCUGGUCAAGGCCGAGCAGAAGCGGGGCAAGCGGCAGACGGGGCGGGAGAUGAAGAACCGGAUCUUGGCCGAGCGACGGAAGCCCCUAAACAUCGAUAGCAUGCGGGAGGAUGAGCUGAGGGAGAAGGCCAAGGAGCUGCACGACUGGAUCCACCAGCUGGAGUCGGAGAAGUUUGACCUCAUGGAGAAACUCAAGCGCCAGAAAUACGAGAUUAACAUCCUUUACAACAGCAUCAGCCAUGCCCAGAAAUUCAAGAAGGGGGCCCCCAAGGCCCGCCUGGGCGGCCGCUGGAAAUGA